AUGAACCGUAUUUCAUUAUUCAAGACUCCUGUUAACUUUGAACACGAGUGUAUUCUCCAACGUAGUGAUGAAAACAAGCAGUUCCUUGAUUUACUCCAGCAGAUCUUUCAGUUCAAUCCUACGCAGCGUAUCACCGCUAGAGAGGCGCUCAAAUACUUUGAAAAGCGUAACCCAAACUUCCAAAUGACCACUCCUCUAUCAAUGGUGAAGGCGCAAGGGUUGAUCUGGAAGAUGAGGACGGCGAACGCCGCUCUAUUGUGCUGCCUACAACGGUCACCAAGAGGCAGGGCGGCAGCUUUUGAGGAUUACGGCGAAGUCAACCAUAGAGACAAAAAUGGCCAAACCCCACGAUUCGCACUAUUUUAA